CAGCGCCACAGAGCGCUGGGGCGGUGAGAACAGCGCGGCGUAGAGUGCAGGCGGGCUUCGCCGAAAAGCCGGACUCGGCCGGCGCCGAGUUCUGGGAUCGCCGCCUGCAGCCAUGACCCUAGCAGUCCAUCCCUCGGCCCCGGCUCCGGACGUCUGAUAUCCCGCACAUUCUCGUACAACUGCUGGAGAGGCGACUGCUGCCCCCUUGUCGCCCUUGGCGCCUUACCGCAUUCCCUAUCCGGAGCUGGGAGCAGCGCGGCCACCGGCGCCCCUGUGCAAACUGGGGGUGUCUGUUAGAGCAGCCUCUGCCGCUGCUGCCCGCAGCUCUGGCCAUGGCCUGGCGGGGCACAGGGCCGAGCAUCCGGGGGGCGCCUGGAGGCGUCGGGCUCAGGCUGGGGCUGCUGCUGCAGUUGCUCCUGCUCCUGCGGCCGACACUGGGGUUCGGGGACGAGGAGGAGCGGCGCUGCGACCCCAUCCGCAUCGCCAUGUGCCAGAACCUCGGCUACAACGUAACCAAGAUGCCCAACUUAGUGGGACACGAGCUGCAGACAGACGCCGAGCUGCAGCUGACAACUUUCACGCCGCUCAUCCAGUACGGCUGCUCCAGCCAGCUGCAGUUCUUCCUUUGUUCGGUUUAUGUGCCAAUGUGCACAGAGAAGAUCAACAUCCCCAUCGGCCCGUGUGGUGGCAUGUGUCUUUCAGUCAAGAGACGCUGUGAACCAGUCCUGAAAGAAUUUGGGUUUGCCUGGCCGGACAGCCUGAACUGCAGCAAGUUCCCACCCCAGAAUGACCACAACCACAUGUGCAUGGAAGGACCAGGUGAUGAAGAGGUACCCUUGCCCCACAAAACUCCCAUCCAGCCUGGGGAAGAGUGCCACUCAGUGGGAAGCAAUUCUGAUCAGUACAUCUGGGUGAAGAGGAGCCUGAACUGUGUUCUCAAGUGUGGCUACGAUGCUGGCUUGUACAGCCGCUCAGCUAAGGAGUUCACGGAUAUUUGGAUGGCUGUGUGGGCCAGCCUCUGCUUCAUCUCUACCACCUUCACUGUGCUGACCUUCCUGAUCGAUUCAUCCAGGUUUUCUUACCCUGAGCGCCCCAUCAUAUUUCUCAGUAUGUGCUAUAAUAUUUAUAGCAUUGCUUAUAUUGUUCGGCUGACUGUAGGCCGGGAAAGGAUAUCCUGUGAUUUUGAAGAGGCGGCAGAACCCGUUCUCAUCCAAGAAGGACUUAAGAACACAGGAUGUGCAAUAAUUUUCUUGCUGAUGUACUUUUUUGGAAUGGCCAGCUCCAUUUGGUGGGUUAUUCUGACACUCACUUGGUUUUUGGCAGCCGGACUCAAGUGGGGUCAUGAAGCCAUUGAAAUGCACAGUUCUUAUUUCCACAUCGCAGCCUGGGCCAUUCCUGCAGUGAAAACCAUUGUCAUCUUGAUUAUGAGACUAGUGGAUGCCGAUGAACUGACUGGCUUGUGCUAUGUUGGGAACCAAAACCUAGAUGCCCUCACUGGCUUUGUGGUGGCUCCUCUCUUUACGUAUUUGGUGAUUGGAACGCUGUUCAUUGCAGCUGGUUUGGUGGCCUUAUUCAAAAUUCGGUCCAAUCUUCAAAAAGACGGGACAAAGACAGACAAGUUGGAAAGGCUAAUGGUCAAGAUCGGGGUCUUCUCAGUACUGUACACGGUUCCUGCAACCUGUGUGAUUGCCUGUUAUUUCUAUGAAAUCUCAAACUGGGCACUCUUUCGAUAUUCUGCAGAUGACUCAAACAUGGCAGUCGAAAUGUUGAAAAUUUUUAUGUCUUUGCUCGUGGGCAUCACCUCAGGCAUGUGGAUUUGGUCUGCCAAAACUCUUCACACGUGGCAAAAGUGUUCUAACCGAUUGGUGAAUUCUGGGAAGGUAAAGAGAGAGAAGAGGGGGAAUGGUUGGGUGAAGCCAGGGAAAGGCAAUGAGACUGUGGUAUAAGACUAGCCAGCUUCCUCGUUCCUCAUUGUGAAGGAAGUGAUGCAGUGAAUCUCAGUUUGAACAAACUUAGAAACACUUCAGCCCACACACACCCACGUCAGCCCACCACCACUCACCCAACUCAGCAUCAGAAGGCCAAUGGCUUCACUGCAGACCAAUGGCUUCACUGGUCCAAAAUGGAAAAGCCAGUUAGAGGUUUUCAAAGCUGUGAAAAAUCAAAUUGUUGAUCACCUUAGCAGGUCACAGCUUGGAGUCCGUGGAGGUCCCGCCUAGAUUCCUGAAGUCCAGGGUGAUGGUGUUUGCUCCUACUGGGUGGGAUUUCAGCUGUGAGUUGAUAACAUGCAAGGAGAAAGAUUAAUUUUUAAAACCCUUUUAAAUUUUAAAUAGUAACUAGGUCUUGCAGAUAGCAAAGUGAUCUAUAAACACUGGAAAUGCUGGGUUGGGAGACGUGUUGCAGAGUUUUAUAGUUUGGCUGGUCUAACAUAAACAUCUUCUGGCCUACACUGUCUGCUGUUUAGAACUCUGCAGCGUACUCCCAAGAGGUGGUGUCAAAAUCCUUCAGUGCCUUUGUCGUAAAACAGAAUUGUUUGAGCAAACAAAAGUACUGUACUAACACACAUAAGGUAUCCAGUGGAUUUCUCUCUCCUGAAAUUUCAACAUCCCUAAUUCUAGGCAGCCCCUGUUUUCUUCACUUUAAACUAAUGACUCAAAAAAAAGGUUAUUUUUAUAGGAUUUUUUUUUUUUUGCACUGCAGCAUGCCUAAUGAGAGGAAAAGGAAAGGUGAUUCACUUUCUGACAAUCACUUAAUUCAGAGGAAAAUGAGAUUUGCUAAGUUGACUUACCUUACCGACCCUAGAGACCUAUUGCAUUAAGCAAUGUUAAGCAAUUGGGACUUAAAAUAUUUUAGUUUGUGUGAUUGCAUCUAGGCAGACGCCAGUCUGGAAGAACUGAAAUGUUAAAUUUCUUGGCAACUUUGCAUUCACACAGAUUAACUGUGUAAUUUGUGUGUGUCAAUUACAAUUAAAAGCACAUUCUUGGACCAUGA